AUGACUAUAACCUACAGCAGCAAAUUGGUUGAUACUGCAAUCAUUGCUUUUCAGUUCGUGAAGGCGGUCCUCGUUAUUAUACGAGAUACCAUCAAACAAAAAGUUGCCUUUGCAAUUCAUCGUUACCGCUAUGACCCUGUGGAUUCCCCUAAGAACGUUGUGAUUAUUGGAGCUUCUUUCGCGGGCUACCACGCCGCAAAGCUACUGGCUAACUCUUUGCCGACCGGUUACCAAGUCGUUUUGAUCGAGAGAAGCUCGCAUUUCCAUUUUACCUGGGUGUUUCCACGAUUUUCGGUAGUCGGUGGACAUGAACACAAGGCCUUCAUUCCCUAUGGGCCAUACUUCAAAGAGGCACCCAAAGGGAGCUGGCGAAUGAUACAGGAUACUGUCUUGGAGAUUGGUCCGAGCACCAUCUCACUACAAAGCGGAGUCAUGCUGAACUACGAGUUCCUGGUCCUUGCAACGGGCUCCCACGCAGGUCCUCCCUCUAGGUUUGACGUGAAUGAAAAAAGCGACGGGAUCAAGGCCCUGCAGACCUUACAGAGUGACAUCCGGGAUGCGAAGGAUCUAGUAGUGGUUGGGGGGGGAGCUGCUGGGAUCGAACUUGCAGCUGAUGCCAAAACUGUCCACCCUCAAAAAAAUGUGACGUUAGUGCAUUCGCGGAAGACACUGCUGAACAAAUUUGGAAAAAAGCUUCAUGACGCUGCGCUCGAAGCCUUGGAAGAGAUGGGAGUACGCGUAACUCUAGGCGAACGGAUCAAAAAUCACGUCGAGAAUGAGGGGGUUGUGGUAUUGGGAUCGGGGACAGCAAUUCCUUGCGAUUUUUUAGUUCGAUGCACUGGUCAGAAGGCUGCAUCGGAUAUCAUCGCCAAACUUUGUCCCCACAUAGUCUCUCCCUCGGGCGGCCAUGUGAAGGUGAAAUCGACAUUGCAGAUUGCGGACAAUCGAUUCAACAACAUCUACGCCGCUGGUGAUGUUAUUGAGUAUCCUUGCCCCAAAAAUGGUCAUUCCGCCACAUUACAGGCAGAAGUUGUGAGUAACAACAUUCUUUGCGCAAUUCAAGGCCGAUAUCCCGUCAAGUACCAACCAAAUAUGGUGGUUGAAGGCGGCAUAGAGUUGACACUGGGAUUGGACAAAAAUAUUAUCUACGUUACAGACGGCGCUAGGGACAUAAUUCUGAGAACCAAGUCAAAGGAAAUUGCGCUAAAGUCCAGGGAAUGCUGGAAAAGAUUGGGGGCAGUGCCAUUCUUGGACGAGACCUGGGAACCGGCCCUGGAUAAAUCUUAACAGCCAUUAGGAGAAGCAGACUAUAUACUAGGCGGACAUUGAAACUAUUUUAUUAUAAUAAUAGAGUAGCGGGCUAGAGCACUUUGAAGAUGACCAGAGAGUAACUAAAAAGAAUUGGGUUCCUAGCUCAUACCGAGGUCAUAGCUAUCUAA